AUGCAUCUUGCCACAUCAUCGAGCAGCAGGAGGAGAAAAAAUGAUUUUCAAUCGAUACUAGUCAGCAUUUUUGCUAUUCUACUGAUAAGCCACUGCAGUUUGUAUUCAGGUGGUGGUGGUGCGCAGGCAGCUGCCAACAACAAUGAUUUACAGGUCAUCUAUGCCAUUAAUGCCGGUGGCUAUGAUCACACCGAUAAGUAUGGCAUACUGUAUGAGGCUGACCCCUUGAAUGUGGGCACCGCAUCAGAUUAUGGCAAUCAUUUGUUGAUAAUCGGACGUGUCCCCGAACAGGAUGAGGUACUUUAUCGCACUGAACGUUAUCACACCUCGACAUUCGGUUAUGAUUUACCACUGGAGGGUGACGGCAAUUAUGCCUUGCUCUUGAAAUUCUGUGAAGUCUAUUUCAAUGAGCCGAAUAAGAAGGUUUUCGAUGUCGUUCUCAAUCGUCAACAUGAAAUCGUCUCGAAUUUGGAUAUUUUCGCUCAAGUUGGUCGUGGCAGUGCCCACGAUGAAUAUAUAUUCUUUACGGUGUCACGCGGUAAAUUACACUAUAAGGAUGAAGUAUCGGAUAUACGCAACAAUGUGAUACGCUUGGAAUUUAUUAAGGGUGCCUAUGAUAAUCCCAAGAUAAAUGCCUUUGCUCUAUUCAAGGGUGAUGUUGAGAGAAUACCCCGACUGCCGCCUAUGCAAAAUGAAAUGAACACUGAUGAAACGUAUGAAGAAAAGAAACAUGACAUUAGCGGACAUGCGGUAAAUAAAAAAUUAAAAACCAAUUCGAAGAAAGUAAUUGAAGAAGAGCAGGAUCUGCUGAAUGCCGAAGAAGAUGAUGAAGAUAUUAUCGAUGAUGAUGGCGAUGAGGAUGAUAUUGAUAAUUAUGAUAAUGAGUCGGAUGGCGAUGAUCUGGAUAAUGGGGCGAGGGAACGUCGCAAUACGAAAACUAGUGGACCACGUCACCCGGAUCCUUAUGCCUCCGAGGAUUCAAUGAUUAUGAUGCCGGUUAUUGUGGCCAUUGGCUGCUUCAUACCAUUGCUGUUUUGCCUGUGCAAGUUAUGAGCUCUCGUGGAUAGCAUUUAUGCAAGACUUACUUGGAUUCCCUGUAUUGCCAUUGUGCCGUUGUCAUA